GCGAGAUCCCAGCUGGGGUCAAUGGGCCGUAGCUCCACUGGAGUCAUUAGAGCUAGAUCCCAGCGGGUGUGAGCCAGUGUAACUCAUCUGAGGUUCCUUUGCACCAGCUGAAUCCCUGGCUCACCCCUGGGGGUGUCAGUAACCUGCGGCUGCUGCCCCACCCCCACACCAAUUGUCAGCUCUGAUAAAUGGCCACCUCCCCUACGCACGCCCUACGCACCAGGCGCCAGUGUCUCUCCAGUCCCUGAGCUGAGCAGUGACCACGUCUGAGGCUUUGACUUCCUCUGCCUUCGUCAGAGAGGAGGGGCCCAUCCCUCUUCUUGCACCCAGACAGGGCUGGUGGCUGAGCUGAGAACCCAGCUCCGAGCCCAGAACGACCAGCUCAGCAUGGUGCUAACUCUCCUUCUGCCUCUGCUGGCCCCUCUCCUGAUUCUCCCCAGGCCGGUGACCCCUGCAGAUCACCCGCCGGCUCCCACACUCUCUCGGGACCCCGAGUACACAGUGUAUCUCCCAGGGGAGCGGGUUACCCUCACGUGCAAGGCUCCUAGGUCUGAGCAGGUUUCGGGAUACAGAUUCUUCUCUCAAGAAGGGCAGCAUGACCCAAGCACAGUCCAACCCCCGAAUGAAGGUGCCCGGCUCGAGCUCACAGCUGAGAAGGGAAAUGUUGGGACAUACACCUGUGCGUACUGGAGACAGGAAUCCAAUCAAGAGAUCUCAUCUGAGAGCAGCAGCUCCGUCUCCAUCCCAGUGACAGAUCCCCCGCCGGCCCCCACACUCUCUCGGGACCCCGAGUACACAGUGUAUCUCCCAGGGGAGCGGGUUACCCUCACGUGCAAGGCCCCUAGGUCUGAGCAGGUUUCGGGAUACAGAUUCUUCUCUCAAGAAGGGCAGCAUGACCCAAGCACAGUCCAACCCCCGAAUGAAGGCGCCCAGCUCGAGCUCACAGCUGAGAAGCGAGGUGCUGGGACAUACACCUGUGCGUACUGGAGACAGGAAUCCAAUCGAGAGAUCUCAUCUGAGAGCAGCAGCUCCAUCUCCAUCCCAGUGACAG